GCGCGGGAGUCCCGAGCUCGCAGCGCGCGCUCCCCCGCCCGCCCGCCCGCCUGCCCGCCUGCCCGCCGGCUCUCCCCGCAGCGUGAUCCGGGCGCCACGGCGGAGGGGAGGGGGGGUUCGCGACGUCGCUGGCGGCGGGAGGCCGUUUCGGAGUGCAGACCGCCCCCCUCCCCUGCCAGCCUCCCCCGCCGCCCUCCCUUGUUCUCGCUCUGCCCCGGCUGCACGCCGCCGCCGCGGGCGCCGAGGAGGAGAGCGCGGACGCCCCUGUGCCCGGCGCGGCCCGGGCCUGCCCGCGGCGCCUCCCUCCCCUCACCCCGAGCCGCAGCGCGCGGCGGCGGCGGCGCCUCGAGCCCGAGCGACCCGCGGCCGCCGGCGCCGGCCGAGGGCGAUGGGGCUGGGCUGAGGCGAGGCGGCGGCGGCGACAGCGGCGGGCCCGGGCCCUGGCUCCCCGCGGUCCCUCGGCUGCUCCGGCCGGGAGGCCGGCGAGGAGACGGCGCAGCGGCGGCGGAUCUGACAGGAACAUCCUUGGAUCUUGGUGUCUGGACAUAGGAGUUAUCUUCAAUUGUUCUGAAGCACAAGACCUCUCAAACCACCGUAGAUAUGGACAAAGAAGAAAGGAAGACUAUCAACCAAGGUCAAGAAGAUGAAAUGGAGAUAUAUGGCUAUAAUUUGUGUCGCUGGAAGCUUGCCAUAGUUUCCCUAGGAGUGGUUUGCACUGGUGGCUUUCUCCUCCUCCUCCUCUACUGGAUGCCUGAAUGGCGGGUGAAGGCGACCUGUAUUAGAGCUGCCAUUAAAGACUGUGAAGUGGUGCUGCUGAGGACUACUGAUGAAUUCAGAAUGUGGUUUUGUGCAAAAAUCCGCUUUCUUUCUCUGGAAACUCACCCAUUUUUGAGUCCAAAAUCCAUGACUAAUAAAGUUGCAAAUGGCCAUGCUGUUCAUUUUACUGAAAAUUUGGCUACAGAGAAUAAGCAUGAGAUGAGCAAAUAUUCACAAACUCAACCACAGCAGGUUCGUUAUUUUACCCACCACAGUGUAAAAUACUUCUGGAAUGAUACCCUUCACAAUUUUGAUUUUUUAAAGGGACUGGAUGAAGGUGUUUCUUGUACGUCAAUUUAUGAAAAGCAUAGUGCAGGACUGACAAAGGGGAUGCAUGCCUACAGAAAAUUGCUUUAUGGAGUAAAUGAAAUUACUGUGAAAGUGCCUUCUGUUUUUAAGCUUCUAAUUAAGGAGGUUCUCAACCCAUUUUACAUUUUCCAGCUGUUCAGUGUUAUACUGUGGAGCACUGAUGAAUACUAUUAUUAUGCUCUAGCCAUUGUGAUUAUGUCUAUAGUGUCAAUUGUAAGCUCUCUAUAUUCCAUUAGAAAGCAAUAUGUUAUGUUGCAUGACAUGGUGGCAGCUCACAGUACUGUGAGAGUUUCAGUUUGCAGAGCGAAUGGAGAAAUAGAAGAGAUCUUUUCUACAGACCUUGUGCCAGGAGAUGUUAUGGUCAUUCCAUUGAAUGGGACAGUGAUGCCUUGUGAUGCAGUUCUAAUUAAUGGUACUUGCAUUGUAAAUGAAAGCAUGUUAACAGGAGAGAGUGUUCCAGUAACAAAGACUAAUUUGCCAAAUCCUUCAGUGGACAUAAAAGGAAUGGGAGAUGAAUUCUAUAGUCCAGAAAUACAUAAACGACACACUUUGUUUUGUGGGACUACUGUAAUUCAAACUCGUUUCUACACUGGAGAACUUGUCAAAGCUGUAGUAGUUAGAACAGGAUUUAGUACUUCCAAAGGACAGCUUGUUCGUUCUAUAUUAUAUCCCAAACCAACUGAUUUUAAACUCUACAGAGAUGCCUACUUGUUUCUACUGUGUCUUGUGGCAGUGGCUGGCAUUGGGUUUAUCUACACUAUUAUCAAUAGCAUUUUAAACAAGGUAGAAAUUGGGGUCAUAAUUAUCGAGUCUCUGGAUAUCAUUACCAUUACUGUGCCACCUGCACUUCCAGCUGCAAUGACAGCUGGUAUUGUGUAUGCCCAAAGAAGACUGAAAAAAAUUGGUAUUUUCUGUAUCAGUCCUCAAAGGAUAAAUAUCUGUGGACAGCUGAAUCUUGUUUGCUUUGACAAGACUGGAACUCUUACUGAAGAUGGUUUAGAUCUGUGGGGGAUUCAACGAGUGGAAAAUACACGUUUUCUUUUGCCAGAAGAAAAUGUUUGCAAUGAGGUAUUGGUAAAGUCUCAGUUUGUUGCUUGUAUGGCUACCUGUCACUCACUCACAAAGAUUGAAGGAGUGCUUUCUGGUGAUCCACUUGAUUUGAAAAUGUUUGAAGCCAUUGGAUGGAUUCUGGAAGAAGCAACUGAAGAGGAAACGGCACUUCAUAAUCGAAUUAUGCCCACUGUGGUUCGCCCUCCAAAACAGCUGCUUCCUGAAUCUACACAUGCGGGAAACCAAGAAAUGGAGCUGUUUGAACUUCCAGCUAUUUAUGAGAUAGGAAUUGUUCGUCAGUUUCCGUUUUCUUCUGCUUUGCAACGUAUGAGUGUGGUUGCAAGGGUGCUAGGGGAUAAGAAGAUGGAUGCCUACAUGAAGGGAGCACCUGAGAUCAUUGCUAGUCUUUGUAAACCUGAAACAGUUCCUACUGAUUUUGAAAAAGUUCUGGAAGAUUACACUAAACAGGGCUUCCGCGUAAUUGCUCUUGCACACAGAAAAUUGGAAUCGAAACUGACUUGGCAUAAAGUACAGAAUAUUAGCAGAGAUGUCAUUGAAAACAACAUGGAUUUUAUGGGAUUAAUUAUAAUGCAGAACAAAUUAAAGCAAGAAACCCCUGGAGUACUUGAAGAUUUGCAUAAAGCCAACAUUCGCACGGUCAUGGUCACAGGUGACAACAUGUUGACUGCUGUCUCUGUGGCCAGAGACUGUGGAAUGAUACUACCUCAGGAUAAAGUUAUUAUUGCUGAAGCAUUACCUCCGAAGGAUGGAAAAGUUGCCAAGAUAAACUGGCAUUAUGCAGACACCCUAACACAGUGCAGUAAUUCAUCAGCCAUUGACUCGGAGGCUAUUCCAAUUAAAUUGGUCCAUAAUAGCUUAGAGAAUCUUCAAGUGACUCGUUACCAUUUUGCAAUGAAUGGAAAAUCAUUUUCAGUGAUAUUGGAACAUUUUCAAGACCUUGCUCCUAAGUUGAUGUUGCAUGGCACUGUUUUUGCUCGUAUGGCACCUGAUCAGAAGACACAAUUAAUAGAAGCAUUGCAAAAUGUAGAUUACUUCGUUGGAAUGUGCGGUGAUGGGGCAAAUGAUUGUGGUGCUUUGAAGAGGGCACAUGGAGGCAUUUCGUUAUCAGAGCUUGAGGCUUCAGUGGCAUCUCCCUUUACCUCCAAAACUCCUAGUAUUUCCUGUGUGCCAAACCUUAUCAGGGAAGGCCGUGCUGCUUUAAUGACUUCUUUCUGUGUGUUUAAAUUUAUGGCUUUGUACAGCAUUAUACAGUACUUCAGUGUUACUCUGCUAUAUUCUAUCUUAAGUAACCUGGGAGACUUCCAGUUUCUCUUCAUUGAUCUGGCAAUCAUUUUGGUAGUGGUAUUUACAAUGAGUUUAAAUCCUGCCUGGAAGGAACUUGUGGCACAAAGACCACCCUCAGGUCUUAUAUCUGGGGCCCUUCUCUUCUCCGUUUUGUCUCAGAUCAUCAUCUGCAUUGGAUUUCAAUCUUUGGGGUUUUUUUGGGUCAAGCAGCAAUCUUGGUAUGAAGUAUGGCAUCCACAGUCAGAUGCUUGUAAUACGACGAGAAGCCUGUAUUGGAAUUCUUCAUACUUGGACAAUGAAACCAAACCUGAUACACAUAAUAUACAAAAUUAUGAAAAUACCACAGUGUUUUUUAUCUCCAGUUUUCAGUACCUCAUAGUGGCAAUUGCCUUUUCAAAAGGAAAACCCUUCAGGCAACCUUGCUACAAGAAUUAUUUUUUUGUUGUGUCUGUGAUUAUUUUGUAUGUUUUCAUAUUACUCAUCAUGUUGCAUCCAGUUGCCUCUAUUGACCAGGUUCUUCAGAUAGUGUGUGUACCAUAUCAGUGGCGUAUAACUAUGCUUAUGAUUGUUCUUGUCAAUGCCCUUGUAUCUAUCAUGGUGGAGAACUUCUUCCUUGACAUGGUCCUUUGGAAAGUUGUGUUCAAUCGAGACAAACAAGGAGAAUACCGCUUCACCACCACACAGCCGCCACAGGCGUCAGUGGAUCGGUGGGGAAAAUGCUGCUUGUCCUGGGCCCUGGGCUGUAGAAAGAAGAUACCAAAGGCAAAGUACAUGUAUCUGGCUCAGGAGCUCUUGGUUGAUCCAGAAUGGCCACCCAAACCUCAAACAACAACAGAGGCUAAAGCUUUAGUUAAGGAGAAUGGAUCAUGUCAAAUCAUCACCAUAACGUAGCACUGCGUCACUCUCAGUGGUAUGCUGGUAGCAGGAGAAUGUAAUUUCCGGACUUUCCGAUCCUGUGCGUCAGAAUGGCACCAUUUCAAUUUAUGUCAUUUAUGUCUCUUCUAGUAUAGCUGAUUUGAGAUUUUUUUUUUUUUUUUUAAUAAGACAGUUGGCCUGCCAGUUAAAUUCAUAAUCAGUCUGUAAAGUCUUAUGUCUGUAUUCAGGAACUACAUAUUACAUAUAUUACAUAUAUUUCCAGAAUUUUCUUGUUACCCUCAGUGAUGCUCUUUAAAUAGGGUACAGAAGAAAGUUGAUAUUUGAUAGGUUUUUAGACAUCAGCUUCUGAGACUUGGUUAAUGCGUUUAAAUAUAUUUUCACAAACCCUUACCAGAAAAAGCCCUCAUUUAUUUACCACCCCUAAAUUUGUGAUUGAUAAAUAAAAUGGAUGUUAAUUAGCCUCUAGUGAAAAUAGGUAGAAAGCCUGUUUUCAUUUGAUUCCAAUAUUUCUUCCAAAGAAUUCCGUAUAUACACAGACCAGUUCCCUUUGAUAGCCUAGGGGUGAGUUUUAUGAUGUUGCUUAUAGAACAACUCAGGUAAUUUCCAUUUAUGGUUUUAUAAUUUCUGUACAAACUGCCUGAGUUUUAUUUUUCUAAUCAGCAAGGUGCUUCACUGCCUUCUUCAGAUGUCCCUCAAAGCUAUUGAAUGGAUCUUGUGAUCUGUCUGCUGUCAAUAGUACGAUUUACUUCAGUUAAAUGUUGUAGAACCAUAGAACCAUUUUCACUAGGGAAAAAAGAUUAUUUCCUUUGGCAAUAGAGAUAGAUCUGUCUUUCUAAUAUCUCUUCAUAGCUGUUUUUUCUCUCAGGUUUUAUCAUUUUAAAGAUUUUUCUUUUCUUCUAGGUUUUUAAUUACUUAAAGACAAGAUAAUAGUGAGUUGUUUUUUUUUUUUUUUUGAGUUUUUUGAGUUAGACUUUUACCUCCUAAAAAUUUUAAGGGUUGAUAUAAGUCUCCUAUCAAUAAUGAGGCUUAAAAAUGAGUGGUUUUGAAUGACUGCUACUUUUUCAAAGCAGGAUGAACUUGGUGAAUUUGUUUUAUGCCAUUAGAUGGCGCCAGAGGUCAGAGCUUAUUUUGGAUUGGAUGUUUACAAAGGAGCAUUUUUUGGUUGUAAAAAUUUCUGGGGGGGAAAAUUGAAAUAAAGUUAAGACUAGACAUUAAUUGAGCCAAAAGAAAUGUGAAAAAGAUUUUUCGCCUGUUUUAUCUGGUUAAUGUUUAAAUUUUAAACAAAAUUAAAGUAACUUUAAAAAUGCCUUUCUAGGUAAGAUCCAGCAGCUUGGCAAAAGCCCACAGUUACGAUAAACAAGGAAACUGAUAUUGCUAUAAAAUGGACACUAAACUGCUAAAACUGUGGGACAUUAUCCUAUGUUCUCCCUUAACUGGUAGCAUGCUUGUGCUUUCCACUUCUAGCUAAUCAUUAUUUUCCUGAUAGAUACGUACCAAUUUAUCAGAUGUUAGCUGGAACUAUAGAACCACACGGUUCUCAUUUCUUAUGCUGCAGAGACCUGAAUGAUGUUUGGUAACUAUAGGAAAAUGUAAGUUACACUCAGGAUCACUGUUAUUGCUUAUUGCCACUGAUGAAUGAUUCUUAUAAAAAUACAAUCAAAGUUUUCCAUCAAAAAGUAUGAUAUGAUAUUAAUACACCUUAGGUAAGAACAGUUGUUCCAUGAAUGAUUCUAUGAAGCUAUGCAUCUUAGACCUCUUGAGCUGUGAUUUAGCACUGUUUUCUAUAGUUACUUAUCUCGAUCAUUUUUUAAUUUCCACAUUCAUUUCUAAUAUGUAAAAGUGUUAUUCUUAAGUGAUUUCCCAGAAUUGUAAAUUUUAUUAUUUGAUUUAAAUACUGAAGCAUAUAAUUAAAGUAAUUGCUAAGUAGCAGCUUAAAAAUCCAGUUAUCGGAUUAUAUUUAACAUCUUUAAGAGCAUGAUCAUAAAAAGCUAUAUUUUUUACACCCUUUUUUUUUUAACAUUUAGAUUUUAUAAGGGUUUUAUAUCUCAUUUGUCCAUAUUGUUUUCAAAGGAAUGAGGUUUUUAGGUAGGUGGAAAAGCAUUUGUAGGAAGUUACAUUUCAACGUAGACAAGGUGGGUUGCUCAAGUUGUAAUUGAUGGUUUCCAGAAUGUUAUUUGAAGAAUGUCUGUGAAUCCAGGUGUGGGUCCUACUCAGUGCCAUCGAUAGACUGAGUUCUCUCUCUGUAGAUCACCAUGACAUAGUAAUUUUGAUUCUGAAUUUCACAUUAAAUUAUUUGAGUGUAUACAGACCUAAAUUUAAAAAUCUGUACAUAUAUUAUUUUGAUGUAUUAAAGAUUAAUAAAUAUUGCCGAUUUAAAUUUUAUUUAUGCACAUACUUAAAGGACAGAAAUGUCCAGGAAAGUAAUUGUUAAAUAAUGAUAUGUAACUUUUUAACUUUUUAAAUAAAUAACAAGAUUUUUAAUGUGUGUCUCCCUCAGGGUUGUUUAAAGUUUUUUGUUUUUUUUUUUCCUCCCUCAAAUAUAAAUAGUGGUAACUAUAUGUUUUGUAUCUUCUAGCACCAACUGCUGUAAAGCAAUGCUGCAAAUAAUGCUUGAAGAAAAGUGGCUAAGCCAACAACAAAAGAAAUACUUUUUAUAUUAGUUUUAUAAUUCUUACAUUUGAGAGCUUUCCAAAUUGCACUUGGAUUUAAACAGAACUGUUGCAGUCUUGACUCUUAUUUAUUUUGUCUCCCGUGUUUGUGAAGAUACUGCACAGUUUCAGAGGCAUGGCAAAUAACACAUCAUUGUCUAUGUAUUCUGUUCCCCAGCUGGCUAUAGAUCCACUAUCCAGAGAAGAGCAAAAUUCAAGCUUUAGAAAACAUUCUAUAAGAUCUCAUGCAUGCAAUUUUGACAUAUCUGAAAAUAGGUUUUUGUAUAUUUAUGGUGGGAGGUGGUUGGGAACUUUUGACAAAAUGUGGGGUGUUAAUUUUUGUACAGUCUGUGGGCAUUUACACAUAUUUUUAAUGUAAUAAAAUUUGGUAAUUAUGUGCACAUUAAAUUAAUAAGAUAGUUACUUCCUGUUAUGAUUUGUGAAUUCCCUAAGACUUUGGAUUUUUUUAAGUAACUUUAUAUCAGAAAUGAUACUGCAUCUUUAUAUUUUUUAAAUUGUAUUGCUGCUCAAGAAUGGUACCCUGAUGUCAAAAAGGCAUACAUUCAUAAUUGUACAUUCAGCACUGUAAAUAACCUUAUGAAAUCUUUUUUGGAUUGAAAGCUAUUCAAAAUAAAAAUUUAAAUGAUUGAAAUGACA